GUCGCCUUCGUGUUAGCCGUGCUAACCUUCCUUUCCCUCUCCCCUCCACCACCUUCGGCUGCCACUUUCGCCGUCUCCACCGCCCUCCUCUCCUAACCAGACCACCGGUCGCCUGUAUCCUCUCGCACCCCACCCCAGCCUCCGUCUACUUUUCGGGUCGGGUUUCCCUCCUCCCCUCCCCUUCCGACGCAUGCCACUGCACUUCCCACCUUAUUUUGCCGGUUGCCGCUGCGGUUAAGCGCGAUGGAGUGGCCGCCGCCUCUGAGGCUUCUCCUUCUGUUCCUGGUUGCUGUUUCUUGGGCGCUUGAUGGCGCAGGGAUUGGUGGUUUCGGAGUUGCAGCGGAGGGGUUGAGCAGCAAUGGAGCCUCUUUUAGUCGUAGAAGAUUGCUGCAGAUUGGAGGUGAAAACCAAGGUGUUCAACUUCUGUUCUCACAUGUACAAGCUCCCUCAAGUAAAAGCAAGUCUCAUAGAAGAGCCCCAUCAUCAGGACCAGUGUCUGCACCGUCACCCUCACCGCUCAUAUCCCCACCAGAAGGCUCGCAAUCACCAUUUUCUUCACAAUCCAUGCCGCACCAACCCCCUUCACGCCAUCGUCCAUCCGUAGUCCAUCCACAUAGGGUUAUGCCUAGGCCUGCAACUCAGGGAGUUGAUCACGAUCAUUCAGUUCAAACCCCAUCUCGCUCUGUGCAUAAACAUUCCUGGACAACCUAUGCUUUCGUCGCGGCAGGGAUUGCUGCUUUCCUUAUCAUAUCAGCAGCUAGUGCUUUCUACUGCCGAGCUAAAAAGGUGGGAACUGUGAAGCCUUGGGUGACAGGACUUAGUGGACAAUUGCAGAAGGCUUUUGUAACAGGUGUGCCUGCACUGAAACGAUCAGAGCUGGAAACAGCAAGCGAGGAUUUCAGCAAUAUAAUUGGUUCUACAUCUAGCUGCAUGAUGUAUAAGGGAACUUUAUCAAGCGGAGUAGAAAUUGCAGUGGCAUCAAGUUUGGUAACAUCCGCAAAGAAUUGGUCGAAAGAAUGUGAAUCACAAUACAGGAAAAAGAUCACAAAUUUGUCCAAAGUAAACCACAAGAAUUUUAUGAACUUGCUUGGCUACUGCGAGGAAGGGCAUCCUUUUACCAGAGCGAUGGUAUUUGAAUAUGCUCCAAAUGGGACGCUUUUUGAGUAUCUGCAUGUUAGAGAAGCUGAGAAGCUGGAUUGGAGGACGCGGAUCAGGAUAUCCAUGGGGAUUGCUUACUGUCUUGAGCACAUGCAUCAGCUGAGACCACCUGUUGUACCUAGGAGCUUUGACUCAACAACCAUAUACCUCACCGAUGAUUUUGCCGCGAAGGUCUCAGAUCUUGAAUUUUCAAAUGAUGCGAGGCGACCUAAUUCAACCAAUGGUGACUCGGAUCCUUCAUCAGAGCUGGAAAAUGCUGUUCAUCAAUAUGGUAUAGUAUUGCUGGAAAUACUCACUGGAAGGGUUCCCUGCUCCGACAAGGACGGACCACUAGAAAAGUGGGCGUUUGGCUACUUCAAUGGUGAGAUGCGACUCGUGGACCUAAUCGACCCGAGCAUCGGUUCCUUCUCCGAAGAGGCUGCUCGCGCGCUGUGCGAUGUUGCAAGGUCUUGUAUUGAUCCAGACCCGAAGAGGAGACCGACGAUGGCAGAGGUUGCAGCUCAGUUGAAGGAGAUCACAGCGCUGGGGCCUGACGGAGCAACUCCGAAGGUGUCUCCACUGUGGUGGGCUGAGCUUGAGAUCAUGUCUGCUGAGAGCUAAAGCUAGUCUGCAUGCAAAAGGGCAUACAUGUAGUCUCCCAAGUGUGACUUUUCUUUUGAUUGUUGGUUGCUGCUGCUGCUAAUCUUGUUUGUGGAACUGGUAGUCAGGUAUAUAUGUUUGAAAGUUUAUAUCAUGUGCAGAAUUGCAAAUAGUGAGUGAUACUCUGGACAUGUAAAAUGGUUGCUGUGAGCUAACUGAGUUCCAAUUGCAAAUAUGUUUAAAAUGGUUGCAUCGA